AUGCACGCCGCCGUCUUUCUCGUUUGCCUCAUUCCUGCCCUGAGCAAUGCGGCGGCUGUCCCGGCCUUGAUCUUUACGAAAAGGAAUGAAUUUGUCAUCGCAACUGCUGGAUCUUGUCAAGCAAAUAGCCUCCCAUUUCAGAACAAAUAUUACUUCUUCAAAUCAAGUAUCGACAGACUGCAGUUGGGCAUUGAAAAUCUACGGAACGCCCCAAUUAACGAGGCCGACAUCGCAUCGCUUGAGCCACAAAUCCUCCAACUAAGCGAUAGAGUACGGUAUGUGUUGGCGAGACCACAACUACUGGAUGCAAUCAGUUUCAGCCGUGGACUCACUUUCGUUCAAGGGUUAUCAAAUCUUAGAGAAAUUCUUCCAUCGAGCAGGAGCGCGUUUGAUGCGAAAUUUCGCAGUCUUGGCGCCUACGGAAUGAUCACUCAAGUGAUAAGUGAGAUCAACAAGCUUCUGGCCAAGAUCGGAGCACGACUAGAAAUUCUUCCAUCGAGCAGGAGCGCGUUUGAUGCGAAAUUUCGCAGUCUUGGCGCCUACGGAAUGAUCACUCAAGUGAUAAGUGAGAUCAACAAGCUUCUGGCCAAGAUCGGAGCACGACUGUGA